UAGUAAAUCUGUAACAAAACAUUGCUUCUAGAACAUUCUGGCAACUACGAAUUCGCUAACUAGUUGCUUCUGGCAGUUUAUCGUUGAUUCGAUUUUGUUCUAUCAUCCGUGUUUGUCACAAUAUUAAUCGUAUUGAAUUUUUAUUUUAUUUUCAGCACUUUCGCUUGGAGAACUGGCAGCACUAUAUGAAUUUGUAUACAUUUUUUUGUUCUCUUUGAAACUUAUGAUUAACAUCUUUCGAUUUUAAAUACGAAAAUGCCGCCAACAAAACAACUCAAUUUAAAUAUUGAAGUAGACGUUUUAACUGCAGGUUCAGCAGCUGACGUAGUAAACUCGAUUCUGGAGUUCCUACUAUUUCAACGAAACCAAAUCCCAUUCGUUUAUAACACUUACAAAUAUUAUGUCGAAUUGUGGACAGAUGAGGUAACAGGUAAUGCUAAUGGUGGCAUUGAAACUUGCACGAAAUCUGGACAAUCCAUAAGCAGCCUUCACUCCUAUCAAAUAGAGCGGCAACGGGAACAGGCACUUAGAACAAAAGAAGCAAUUAGUGCAAUGCGAAAGCUGAUCAGAAAAUCAUUUGACAAGAAUAACGUUCGUAGCUUGAAAUUUAUAUUUGGACCAACAACGUUUACUGCAAAGGAAGCAUACACAAUUCACAUACCAAUCGAUGCAAUAUCGCGGCUGCAUUUCCAUAGCCAACACCGCAUUCCACGUGCUCGUCUGAAUCAAACUUUAAUUUCACUUUUGACUAGCGAAGACUUGUAUGACAUUUUCUCACAUAAUCUUUGUCCAACCAAUUUGUAUCUUGAAAUGGAAUUAUUAUGUGAACCAGGAAUUUUAAAAGACACAUGUUCAAAAACACACUUACUACCGAAAGACAUUUAUCAGUUGCCUCCAAGUUGUAAGGAUAUCCACUUUCACUUGAAGCACACACCGUUCGCAAUUCUGAAUGAUAACGUGAAAUUAAAUUGUUGUAAGGAAAUCGAAGUGUUUGAAGGGGUGAUGUCUCUCAAUAUAAGCGAUAGUGAAAAUGGAAAUAGCGAUUAUGGUUGCAAUAAACACGAUCAGUUCUUGCCAACGUGGUGGGAAGCAGAUAUUUUGGUGCGAGGAUUUAAAGAGAAACCAAUAAAAGGCUUGAAUUUUUGGACAAAGUAAUUAUUAUCUUAAGGCAGAUAUAAUUAAAUUUAUUAACUAUCGACUUGGAUAAUUUUUUAUAUCGUAAUGUUUAAAUUUACCAUCAUAAUGUAGCCCAAUUAUUUUAUAUAAAGAAUGUGCUUAUAAUGUUUAAAUGGUUCACGAAGCAUAAUUUAAUAACAAGGUACGUAUUGAAAAUUUAGUCAUAAAAAAGUUUUAGUUUUUAAAAAGUAUGUUCAAACCGGAAGUCUAAAAAUUUAGUAAAAGGAAAAAUUUUUAAAAUAUGAAGUGCCACGAUUCAGAUGCUACUGAUACACAGUUUAACUUGUUUGCCAAAAAGAUAGCUGAGGAAUGUCGUGAUAUUGUCGAUGAUAAACCGCCUAUUCCACCAUGCGAAAGGACUAAUCAGAAACCACCAACAUUGCACACAUUUUGUAACCACAAUAUAAAUAUUCAAUACAAAUAUCAAAAUGAUGACCAAAAUGGAAAGCCAAAACCGUGUGGAAUUUGCAUUAAGCUAGAUGAAAAAGGGAAAAAACAAUCGCCAUGUCCGCUUUGUUCAAAAAAAGAAAUUUCACGCGAAGAUAAAUUGUCCGAAGCUAUUAAAUGCAUUUCUAGCCCUCUGCCCAGGUGGUUUAAUGAACCAGAACGUUGUGAUCCAAUGAGCGUGUGUUGUUCUAUGUUAGGGGGUUUUAAAAAAUGCCCAAAAAAGGAGGACUCUUGUUCGUGUUCAGAAUUAGAUCCUCUAUCCAAGGUAGACAGAUUCGCUGUAAAUUAUCCUCCAAAUAAAUUGAUUCUGUCCUCGGGAUUGCAAAAAAAUCCUAAAUGUAAACCAUAUUUUCGAUGUCAGGGGAUUGUGAGUAGUGAUGAUUAUCACACUUUCAAGCCGAAUUAUAAAAAUUUACCCUUGACUGAGAAAUUCUAUUCUAAAUAUGAGCAUUUGGAAAACAUCGAUACUCCGGAUGUUAGGUACUAUCAGAAUGAAUUAGAAAAAAUCGAGAACUACUUUCCUAGGAACGAAUUUUGUGUGCCCCGAUAUACAAAUCAGAAUUAUGGUUGGUUAGAGAAUAAAACGAUAAGAAAUCUCGAGUCCUGUGAUGCUUAUCGUGUCAGCACACCAAAAGUUUUACAAAAUUUGAAGUCAUUCGAAAAUAGACGUUUCGACCCCAUACAACUGCAAUAUUGCCAAUGCCAUGGUAUGAUAAAUCAAAAGGAUCAUUGGAAAAUUGUUUGAAAUCGAUUAAAUUGAAAAAUGAAUUCGCAUGCAUACACAUUAUUAAAAAUUAUAUAAAUGAAGUUGGUUUUGAUUAAAUAAAAUGGUAAACGGUUCUAAUUAGCAAAAAAAAUAUUAUAAAAUAUUUUAAUUGAUUUAUAUUAUUAAUAAUAAAAUGUGUUAAGGGAAUUCUCAUAUGCCUCUGAAUACGGA